ACAUUCUGUGUUCACGGGCUGAUUUUGCCGGUCGAUGCUGUAUGUCUCACAUCAGAGGAAGAGGCUCACUGUGGCGCAGAUACGCUGGCUUCACAGCCAAGAUAAAUCGGACAUGUGGACGAGCGCUUCGGAGAUACUCUACAUCCUCAGCUCAAGAAGAAAAGCCUUUUGAAAAGAUUCUUAUUGCGAAUAGAGGGGAGAUAGCGUGUAGGGUGAUGAGGACUUGCAAACGUAUGGGGAUUAGAACGGUGGCUGUGCAUAGUGAUGUCGACUCGAAUGCGGUUCAUGCUCGUAUGGCCGACGAGAAAGUGUGUGUCGGUCCCGCUCCUUCGGCCCAAAGUUAUCUGAACAUGGACGCAAUACUCAAUGCUGUGAAACAGACAGGAGCACAAGCUGUUCAUCCUGGGUAUGGAUUUCUCUCAGAAAACGGUCACUUUGCAGAAGCACUGGUUGGUGUGGGUGUUGCAUUUAUCGGCCCUGGAGUGAAAGCCAUUGAUGCUAUGGGUGACAAGAUUGAAAGCAAGUUGUUAGCAAAGCAUGCCAAAGUCAACACAAUUCCAGGGUUUGAUGGUGUCGUCAAGGACGAUGACGAGGCGGUUAGAAUAGCAUCUGAUAUAGGUUAUCCUGUGAUGAUCAAGGCGUCGGCUGGUGGUGGUGGCAAGGGAAUGAGAAUAGCCUGGAAUGAUGACGACGUCAGGGAAGGAUUUCGAUUGUCAUCGCAAGAGGCCAAGUCGAGCUUUGGAGACGAUAGAUUACUGAUGGAGCGAUACGUCGAUAAUUCACGACACAUAGAGAUACAAGUAUUGGCAGACACGCAUGGAAAUGCAAUUUAUGUCAACGAGCGUGAAUGUUCGAUUCAAAGAAGAAAUCAGAAAGUGAUUGAAGAAGCUCCAAGCAUGUUUAUGAAUCCCGAGACUCGACAAGCUAUGGGCGAACAAGCAGUUUCUUUGGCUAAAGCUGUGAACUACUGUUCUGCUGGUACAGUGGAGUUCUUAGUUGAUUCACAACGAAACUUCUACUUCUUAGAGAUGAACACUCGUCUUCAGGUUGAGCAUCCCAUUACAGAGUACAUAACUGGCUUUGAUCUUGUUGAGCAAAUGAUUAGAGUUGCAGCUGGUCAGCCCUUAAAAAUCAAGCAAGAAGACGUUGGUAUUAAUGGGUGGGCUGUGGAGUGCCGCGUUUACUCAGAGGACCCCAAACUCUUUCUACCAUCUAUCGGCCGAUUAUCAACAUACAUUGAACCAAAACAAGGACCAGGUCUAGAGGAGGUUCGUAUUGACAGUGGCAUCGAGGAGGGAAGUAACAUAAGUAUGUACUAUGAUCCAUUGAUAUCAAAGCUCGUCACUCAUGGUAAAGACCGAACUGAAGCACUUGGAAGGAUGGCACGGGCAUUGGACACAUACGUUAUAAAAGGUGUGAAGCAUAACAUACCGAUCCUUCGUGACAUCAUCACACAUCCUCGCUUUCUGGACGGCGACAUCAGCACGAAAUUUAUCGCUCAAGAAUAUCCUGACGGAUUCACGGGUUGUCGGUUGACCACAACUCAGCAACGAGAGUUAAUCACAUCGGCUUGCUUUCUGCAUAUACGGAGAUCUGAGCGAGCGACAGAGUUUCUAACGGUGGACAGGUCAUCGUUUAGUCCAUACAUGCCUGAGGUCUAUGAGCUGUCGGUGUCUAUUGAUGGAGAAAAUCAUGAUGUGUCUGCUUGGUGGGAUGAUGAUAACAGUCUUGUGGUUACAGUCAAGGGACAGGAAGUACGUAUGAGCUCGGAUUCAUUAUUAUCAUCACCACUUUUGGUUGCUGCUAUUGGUGAUCAAGAAGUCGUCAUUCAGGUGUUGAAUCGUGAUGGGCAAACAUACAAGUUGAGACACUACGGAACUCAAUUUGAAGUCACCGUUCUCUCAAAACAACAAAAUCAGUUCAUGGAGAUCAUGCCAGUAAAACAAAAGCUUGACAUUGGCAAAGCCAUUGUAUCACCGAUGGCAGGCAUGGUAGUUUCGGUUGCAUGCAAACCGGGUGACAAGGUGGCCGAAGGUAACGAGGUGAUCAUCUUGGAAGCGAUGAAAAUGCAGAACAUUCUGCCUGCACCUAAAGACGUCAAGGUCAAAGCUGUAAACUGCAAACCGGGUGAUACUGUACUAGAGGACGCGGUCUUAGUGGAAUUCGAGUGAAUACAAUGUGACAUUAUGUCAGUAUGUGAGAGAAUUAAAUGGUUAAUUGAUAUGAUUCCGGAUGCUGGA